GUGGUCCUUAGAGAGUCAAUCAGUGGGUAAGUGUCCGGGUAGGUCCAAGUGGUGAGGAGUGAGAAUGUUGUUGUGCACCUGGCACCACUAUGGACGACUAUCCGAUGUAUGGGUUGCUCGUUGGGUUCUCCCUUUGGGGGACCCUUUGGCGUCUCCUCUUUCCUCUGGGCUUUUGGCCCACUUUCACGUGUAGAGUAGGAACCCGGGGUGGCACUUCCACCCAACCUUACACGAAGGAGGAGGAGGAGAAGAUGGUCGCCAUCCUGCAGGAGAGAAAGGAGAAGGAGGCCAAGAAGAAGGCCCAGCAGGAGGAGCAGGCGGCAAAGUUGAAAAAGAUAGAGGAGAUGGCCAGAGAAAAAGAGAGGUUGAAGAAGGAAGAAGAAGAGAAGUUGAAGGAGGUGGAAGAGGAAGAAGAAGACGAACCGCCACUGCAAAGGAGGAGAGGGCAGCACAGUGGCAGCAAGGAUGAAGAGAUGGAGAAACGGAUUUCGGAGUGGGUCGCCAACUUAUCCCUGGGCGAAGAAGAAGAGGUAACUAUGUACAUCCCCAAGGAUGAGCAGGAAGCCGCUAUGAAAAAAUGGGAAGCAGAAGAAGAUGUUCUGAAGCAGCAGGCGAUGGAAGAUGAAACGAGGAUGGAGUGGAAACUCGCAAUGAUGAGGGAGAAGAAGAGAAGAGUGGAGGCGGCGAGUGCAGCAAUGCAGGAAUUAGCGGAGGUACGGACUUUAACUACACAGUUGACCCCCCAGGUAGACUUCCAACCAAAGGUGGAGAUCAUCGCCCAGAGCGUCAAGCGUUUAGCCAGAGUGCAAGAACAACAAUACGAGUUUAGCCGAAGUCAGGAUAUAGCUGUGCGUUCGAUGCGGAUGGGAUUCCGUGACUUUGCCCGCGAAUUGGUAGGCGCUGUGGGAGCCGAGGUGAAUCAUCACCUCGAAAAGACCGCGCGUUUUUGUGUCGGCGCCAUUGAAGGCGUCAAGGUGGCAGCUCCCAAGGAGGGCGAGCCGCGUCCUCGUAGGGAGCCAGUCAAAGUCAAGUUCCCUGAUUCCUACAGUGGAAAGAGGGAAGAAAACUUUGACAACUGGGAGGCCAAUGUCAAGACCUAUGUGCAUCUGCAACAGGCGUAUUUCCGCCUAGAGAAAGAUGGGAAAGUGGAGAAGGUCUUCCACUCCCUAAGUCUCCUUGUAGAAGACAGCCUCCCAUUUGAUAUUGUCCUGGGGAUGGAUUGGGGAGAGGCAGCCGGGGCCACACUCCGUUUGAAGGAGCACGAGUGUUGGCUCCCUAGUCCUUCGGGCGAGGCUAAGACUGCCCGUCUGUUCCAUGUAUCCGGAGUAGAGAACCCUCUGGCACAUUGCUGCCUCAGUGCACCUGCAUUCGCGAGGCUCGUGAAGAAGGAGCACCUAGAAGAACAAGUUUUUGUAGCCUAUGUAAGGCCAGUAACUGAGCCUAAGGAAGAGAAGCCUAACCCUACGAUUGCCAAGCUGCUGGAGGAGUUCAAGGACCUAGCUGAGCCGCCGACAGGAGUAGUACCGUGGCCUAUCCAGCACCGCAUUGAGAUAGAGCCUGGCAGUAGAACUCCCAAAGGAGCCGUGUAUAGGAUGUCCCCGCGGGAGUUAGAGGAGUUUCACAAUCAAUUAGAGGAGCUCCUUGAAAAGGGUUGGAUUAGGCCCAACUCGUCUCCUUUUGGAGCGCCUGUUCUCUUUGUCCCCAAGAAAGAGGGAGAGCUAAGGAUGUGUAUAGACUAUAGGGGUCUGAAUGCUGUUACAGUGAAGAAUGUUGAGCCACAGCCUAGGAUAGACAAUCUUUUAGAUCGAGUGCACGGGGCAAAGUAUUUCUCCAAGAUAGAUUUGAAGUCCGGAUAUCAUCGGAUAGAGGUGCAUCCUGAUGAUCAGUAUAAGACGGCCUUCCGGACUAGAUAUGGGCACUAUGAGUUUAUAGUGAUGCCCUUUGGACUAACCAAUGCGCCAGCGACGUUCCAGCGCUGUAUGAACGAUUUGUUUAGGCCAUGGUUAGAUAGGUUUGUUGUUGUCUACUUAGAUGAUAUCUUAGUGUUUAGUAAGACCCUCCAAGAACAUCAGGGUCAUCUCAGGCAGGUCUUGGAGAAGCUGAGAGAAGCUAACUUCAAGAUCAAUGAACAAAAGUGCGACUGGGCGAAGACCCAAGUCUUAUAUCUAGGCCACGUCUUAGACGGAGACGACGUUAAGCAGAAGAUUGUAAAAUCGCAGCGAUUAGAGAUUGGCCCACGCCACGUACGCUAACAGAGUUGCGAUCGUUUUUGGGCUUAGCCAACUACUAUAGGAAGUUCGUGAGGAACUUCACCACGAUC